AUGCCUCUUGCAAAGUAUCUCCCUCAUCCCUCUCCAGGAGAGAAGAGGCAUCACAAGAAGAAGCGCCUGGUGCAGAGCCUGAAUUGCUACUUCAUGGAUGUGCAGUGCCCAGGGCGUUAUAAAAUCACCACAGUCUUUAGCCAGGCACAAACGACAGUUCUGUGCAUUGACUGCUCUACUGUCCUCUGCCAGCCUACUGGAGGAAAAGUGAGGCUUACAGAAGGAUGUUCCUUCAGGAGGAAGCAGCACUGA